AUGUACAAGCAGACAUUUCCUCUGAAAGAAAUAAACAGAAAUCGUCAUCAUCUACUCAUAAGUAAUGAUAUGAUUGAUGCCACCGGCAAGAACUUAAUCAAGAAUGCUAUGUUUGUGAUGUGGAGUGAUGAAAUUCUUAUUCUCUUAUUUAUCUCGCGAUGUGAAUUUGUUUUCAGCAUAAAAAAUGUUAUGCAACGUGAUGAAAAUAUUCAAGUUUCCUUCGAUUUGAUCAUUUUUAAAGUACUGCGUGUUGGCAUCUGUUCAGAAUAUCUGAAGGAAAAACAGAAAAGUUUUGAAAGGAAAAUUUAUCACUUUAUGGUUGAUAUAACAUUUGAUGAUUUGAGCUUAAAGCUAGGGGACGAUAAAAGAAAAAAGCGAGGAAAAGAUUAUGGUUGGUUUAUGUGGUUGAAUUUAUCGUUGUUAGCACACAACAAAUUCUUGGACGUCAGCCUGGAAAAAUAUCAAAAGCAACGUGUUUCGUUCGCUCCAUGGAUGAACAAAGCUCAACAUCUACAUAAAUAUAAAUUUGUUUCUGUUAACGAUUUUAGUUUUGUGAAUGUUCGCGGUGAUCAAAAUACUGACAAUGCAAGUUUGGAGGCUGCAAUUGCAAUAAAUUUAUGA